UAUACCAUUUUCUAACGAAUUUCAUUUAUUUUCACUUCACGAUUUCGUUAGGCCAUAAUAUUAGUCGAAGUACCGUAAUAAAGCCUUUGCGAGACUCAAUGAUCCGUGAAAAUACUUCGGUUUAGAAAAAAUUGUAAUUUUUUCUUUCGCUAAUACCGUUCUGGCUUACUCGUGCAGGUUGGCUGCCAUUUUCCCCUAGGGAAUCAACAUUUUCUACCGUCAUGUUUCACCGACAAUAAAUAUCGUUUCAUUCUAAUAUGAAAAAUAUUUAUUUUUAUACGCAUUAACAGAUCAUACACAUUAAAUACAGAACUUGGCAACAUUUAUAUCAUCGAAUCAUCUUCCUUAAUAAUUUUAUUACUAUUUUCAAUAUUUCAAAAAUGUUGAUGUUUUGUCCGACUUGCGGUAACGUUUUACGAGUCGAAGAAGCUUUAGCUGGCUUACGUUUUGCGUGCAACACGUGCCCGUAUAUAUUUAACAUAGCUAGAAGAGUGAGUAAUCGUACUUAUCCGAAGUUAAAAGAAGUAGACGACGUGUUGGGUGGAAGCGCAGCUUGGGAGAACGUGGAUUCUACGGAAGAACGGUGUCCAAAGUGUUCUCAUGCUCGAGCGUAUUUUAUGCAAAUUCAAACAAGGUCCGCCGAUGAACCUAUGACCACCUUUUACAAGUGCUGUAAUCCUCAAUGUGGUCACAAUUGGCGCGAUUAAAGCUUUAUUCGUUACUCGAUGGAAAGCGUUGGAUAAGUGUUAAUACUUUGGGUCCGAUGAAGACUCUUUUAAAUUCUGCCUCGAUGGAUCUCAAGACAUUGAGAAAGUCCAAUAAACAUUGGAACUGUAGGGGAAGAAGGAGCGUGGCUAUAGCUGCUACGCUAUUACAGCAAAAUUCAAUUGUAGCAAUUCCAACGGAUACAGUGUAUGGUCUAGCUGGUGUCGUGUCCAAUAACGC